AUGUCAUUGCAUCAGCUGCUGCUGCAUAACACCCUGCCGGGUGCCCCCUCCACCACACGGGCUGUUACCACCCCCCUUUCUGUCUUUGGUAACGUCCUUGCAUACGGAAGCGGCAACCUUGUGGUGGUUCGCGAACUGGAGGAACCGGGGACGGUGAUAAUCGGCGGGAGACACACGUCCCCGGUUACAUCGGUGCGAAUCAGCCCGUCUGGGAAUUUGGUAGCAUCUGGAGACCAAAACGGAAACGUGCUUGUGUGGACUUGCCAGCCUGACUCGCAGGAGGUGCUGAACAUGAAGCAAUUACAAGGCCCUGUGCGGGAUAUUGCGUGGACGCACGACGAGGAGCGGCUGGUGGUGGUGGGCGAUGGGAAAAGUCAUUUUGCGACCGCCAUCAGCAUCACGGGCAACACGAUUGGCACCAUCAAUGGUCACACGCAAAAUGUUCUCUCUUGUGACAUGCGUGGAGAGCGUCCCUACCGCAUUGUGACAGGAGGCGCAGACUCCGCUGUGGGGUUUUAUGAAGGUGUUCCCUUCACGUUUAAGUGCAAUGUAAAGGGUCAUAAGGACAAGGUAACGUGUGUGCGGUACAGUCCGGACAUGGAGACGAUUGCGACAGUUUCGAGAUCGUCCGAUAUCAUACUUAUUGAUGGUAAAACAGCAGAACAAAAGGGAUCUAUUGCAACGGGGCACACAGGUACUAUCUACGCUAUUGCAUGGAGUCCAGAUGGAAGUGAACUUGCCACGGCCAGCGCUGACAAGAGCGUCAAAAUUUUUGACGCCGCGACGGGUGUAAUGCUGCGCUCUUGUUUCUUUGGAGCCGAUGUCAUGAAUAUGCAACAGGGAGUGGUGUAUACCCCGCAGGGAGUGUGCUCAAUAUCCCUUGGUGGUGAACUGACAUUAAUCAGUGAAGAAGGGAAUAUCAAAGGUGUGUUAUCAGGACACCAGGGACGAAUAUUGCUUUUGCGUUCGUAUUCAAAUGGAACUAUGAUUUCUGUCAGUGUUGAUCGGGCUUUAAUGUGGAGAUUCCAAAAUAAAUUUUCUGCUAACGCGCGCAAAGUGUAUAUUGCCUCAAGUUUUGUGACUGCCGCGGCCUGUACUGAGGAUUAUUUGUAUCUUGUGUCUGGUACAGACCUGCUGCGCUGUGCCCUGACGGACACCGAGCCGACCCUUCUCUCAAGAGAAGCGGCAAACGCUACCGCCUUAGCCAUCACAGAAGAUAAAAAUGUGGUGAUGUUGUUUAAACAUGGAUUUGUUGUGAUUGACGCGUCGGGGUGCAAAGUUGCGGAGGAGAAACUGGGUAGGUUUGACGGCACCAGCGCGGCUGCCCACGGUAGCCUGGUCAUGUUGGGGGGUGAUGCGUUGGUGAAAGGAUAUUGUGUCAAGACAGGUGCAUCACCGGUGGCGUGCGUGCAGUUUGCUGGGCAUCACAGGGGUGUGGUUGCCUGCGUGGCCUUUUCGAGGGACGGGAAGCGUGUGGCCUCUGGGGAUGCCACGAGAAACAUUUUUGUCUGGUCCCCAGUUGAUGGUGCUGUGCUUUAUCAGGAUUUGGUGUUUCACACCCUGCGUGUAACCUCACUAGCCUUUGCACCCCAAAGCAGCGCACUGCUACUUUCAGGCAGCAUGGACGCCUCGCUUAUCGUAUGGGACCUCAACAAGGCGACGCGCAAAACAGAGGACGCGGCGCACCGUGGCGGUGUGUCGGCUGUUGCGUGGACAGCGGAUGGGCGAUUGCUUUCGGGUGGGGCCGACUUUUGUGUGCGUCAGUGGAACCAUUUGAAUUGA